UCAGUAUGCGUCACAGAGAGAGAAACAGGUGGUGGUACAGAGAGAGAGAGACAGACAGACAGGUGGAGACAGACGGGUGGAGGAGAUAGAAGGUACUGCAGACACGUUCCUGUUGUUUCUUCAUGGAGGAUUUUUAUUUUUAACGGUGUCCGGACACAGACCACAGCUCUUCCUCCUCCUCCUCCUCCUCCUCAGCUGCCGCAGAGAGGCUCGCGCCGGUCCGUCCGGGUGUCGUCAUGGGAACGGUGUUGUCUCUGUCUCCAGGCUCGCGGAAACCCGCGGCUCGGGGGCAGGGGAAGGUUGUGAAGCUCGCAGUGCAGGAGGAGGGGAAGGGCGGGCAGAAGAAGCAGCAGUACCCAGUGUUGUUGCAGGCGCUCAGCUGGAAAAAGCGCAUCGUGGCCGCGCGAGCAAAGAGGAAGGGCGGGAAGAAGGUAAAACCCGUGGUGUCAGAGCCUGGGCAAGUGCAGCGGCAGCAGGGGAGUCGCCAUAGAGCGCUGAAGGCCGGACACAGACACGGACUUAUCCCGGUGCCCGUACCCACCGUCCCGGCGCCCACUGAGAAGCAGAAGAAGGGCAGGGACCUGAUCAUCUCCCCGCGGAGGGUGGUGGUGCAGGCGUCCACAGGCGAACUCCUUCGUUGCCUUUCUGAGUUCUUGUGUUGCCGUUGUGUCAAAGUGAAGGAGCUGUCAUGCAGUCAGAUCAUCCUCUGGUUUAGAAAUGUUGACCGGGUCUUGCUGGUUCAGGGCUGGCAGGACCAGUGUUUCAUCAGUCCUACCAGUCUAGUCUUUGUGUACCUGCUGUGCAGGGAGGCUGUGGUUGAGGACACAUCUUCAGAGCAGGAGCUCCAUGCCACCUUCCUCACCUGUCUCUACCUGGCCUAUUCCUACCUGGGCAAUGAGAUCUCAUACCCCCUCAAGCCUUUUCUUGUGGAAUCCAGCCGUGAUGCGUUCUGGGAGCGAGCGCUGGAGCUCAUCAACCGUCUAAGCACUGACAUGCUGCGAAUCAAUGCCGACCCACAUUUUUUCACUGAGGUGUUUCAGGACCUAAAGAACCAGGGAGGAGAGAAGGAGACAGAAAAGGACAAAGAGGAUAAAAAAGAGAAAAUGGAGGAACAGGCAGAUGACAAGAAGGAAAAAGGAAACAGGAGUGAAGAUCUAGAUCGUUAACUGACCACAGUGUUCGUAAUGUGACUCGGCAGCCGUCAACCUGCUCAGGUCUGAAUGUAACAUGGCUGCACCUGCAGAUUUGCUAUCAUCAACAUGGCGAUUGAUGGGAAGCCAGAUGAUCAGUUGGUUGACUCUGACCCCCUGCUGAAGAGAGACUCACUUUAAUUGCAUGCUGCUAAUUAAAGCCAACAGUAUCUUCUGAUUGUAUUGGAUGUGGAUGAGUUGCCAUGGCAAUCUUAUAAACAUAUCGAGCCUUAUUUUGUUUAUUCGCACACCUGCAGAUGCUUAAUGUGUCAGUCAGUGCUGCAGGAAGGUGUUUAUGUAUUACAUGGUGGUGUUUCAUUGGCAUCAGAGACAGAAAACAUCUAGAAACUGUCAGAAUCUCAAAAAAGUGAUAACAUGAAAGGUGCCUUUUAGGGAGCCAAUUAGAAACUAACAGUAACCACCAAAAUGUUUUUAUUUUCUGUGAUGUUUAACACCAAACGUAUGAGUGAACAUUUUAUGAGGUCAAAUGUGGACACAAGUGUGUGUGAGGUCAUUGGUCAGUCAUGUCCCCACUGUGUUUUAUAAACCUCCAGAUUAAUCGCUGGACAUUAGGACAAACACAGUCACAUUUAUGUUCUGGUGGUCAGUUGUGGGACAGAUAUUUAUGUUCAGGUUUCAUGUGCUGUACAGUAUUUCACAGGCUGUUCAAACAACAGAAACUCUGCAUUUGCAUCAGACAGUGAAGGAGACUGACCCCAAACCAGCUCCUGUAGAUUGAAACGUGUUUAUCUAAACACAUCCAGUGUUGUAAAUGAGCUGCUGCUUUCCUUUCUGAUUCUGGAUUUCUUAUCAUGUAUUUUGAUCAGGUUUAGUUCCAGGAACUUGUCAUCUUCUACUUGAACUUACCAACAGAACUUGGAGCUGUUGCGGUCUGCUGAAGAAGACUGCACUGUGGGGGAGUUGAAGUUGUCAUGCAUUGGAGGGGGCAAGUAUGUGCCGUACUCAUCCAAAACAUAUAACAUCAGUAGUUACUGUUUCCUUUGCAGUGUCAAUUUCACUUGUCUGUGCUCAUUUUCAAGGAUCCUUUUUAUAAUAAAGAAUGAGGGUGAGCAAAAAUUGGAUGAAAUACAACAUCUCUCCUGCUAUUGCACUUUUAAUAAGGCACCUCUGAAGGUGUCACCUUUUCAGUGAUGCACAUCUGAUUAUUCCUGGGUUGUAAAAUAUAGGGGAACAGCAAAGCAGAACUGACCUUUGGCCUACAGGUUCUACAGGGUUCUGGUUAUCGGAAGCUCUCGAUUAUGGUCAGUUUGUUAAAUGAAAAAGGAUCAUUAUUUCAGGAGACUAGCCAGAGGCCUCCAGGACAUAAUCAUCCACUAUUAGAAAUGACCAGUUACCCAACAUUAUAUUGAGCAUUGAUUGCAGAUUGAAGCGGCAGCUGUCUUCUCAUUUGGUGUGUUUGUCUUUGACUUUAUGUAGCAGUGACACAAUGUUGUAAUGUCGAUGUGAUGUGAUGUGAGUGCUGAUGUGAGUUUGAUGUUUUCCGUCUCUGCUGUCUGAAGCUUGAAUGUAAAAUCAUCAGGUUAAACUGAUCUGUGCCAUUGUUUUUAAGCAGACAUUAAACCACUGACAUAAAUUACACAAGUCAUCUGAGAGCCUGUCACCUCUUAUGUCCUCUUUUCACUGUCACCUUAUUCAUUUUACUGGUUUAUACUGGCCUCCAUUCUACAGUGUUCUGGUCUUCCAUGCAAAGAAUAUAAAAGCAAAGAACAGUAACAACACAUUCAGUCAGAAGUGAAAGUUCUGAUCAUUCAAAUCAGUCUGUCCAGUCUUUAAAAGUUCCAUCCCAGUCUGAUCAGUGCAGCAUUGUCGGUAGGAUCAGACACAGCUUUUAAAUUCCAGAUGUUGUACAGCAGCUGUGUCACUGCAGUGAGUCAUCGCUGCAUCAUUGCACAAGUUUAUGUGAAUAGAGGGGAGGUCACAUGAUGCAUCUGUGCUUGCUACUGAUUGGUCAGGUUUUGCUGCAGAGUGACACCAGGAGAGAGAGACAGAGGGAUAUGAAAAAUUAAAUGUAUGAAAAUGCCCCAGAAAGAGAGGAGAAGAGAGAUAAAAGUACCCAGGAUAAAAAAAUGAGAAACCAGAAAAGAUGCAAACUCUUCAUGAUGUACAGCAAGCACAACAGUGAAGUAAAAAAUAUAAUUUGUAGACAACAAAGGGUUAAAAAACAGGUGGUAGGAAGUUUGUUUAGAGUAAGAAAUUAUUCAGACACUUAGGUACUCCAACAAUAGUCCAAAUUAAAGUAUUACUGAGACUGACUUCUGUGAUUUCUCACCUGACAUGGAUGUGGACUCGCAUUUAAUCCUAAACUGUAAGAAUUUAAGGAAAGGCAAGUUUUUUUAUAUAGCACAUUUUCAUACACAAGGCAAAGUCAAAAUGCUUAACACAAUGCACACAUAUACAACAUUAAAAUGCAUACAUAGAUAAGAUACAGAAACAAGUGGCUGUAUCAAUCUUCUAAGAGCACACUGUAUGUAACUGCUGGUUACCUCAUGUGUAUGCACUUAUUCUUGAUAGGACAUUCAAAUUGUAUUUGGACAACAUUCAACAGUGUGACCUGGUUAUCUGCAGUACAGAUGUACAAUAUGUGGUGGGCAAGGGCACAUAACUACACGUAGACAUGUGGAGUUACACCAUACCAAACUCCUACCCUUAAUCCACCUCUGCUGACACCCUAUUCACCUUGUAGGAUUUCCUGUGUGCUAAAAUCCUAAUGACAAAUGUGUCACUGACUGAUGUUCACCUGUUUGUCUCUCUUUCUAUGACCUGUCUGCCCCAAGUCAGUGUUAAACAGAAGUACUUGUAGAUCAGGUUCAGAGGCUGUCUAAGGAAUGGCCACCUCACUCAGUGUGACCUGAGUGAUAUAAAAUCAUUACACUGUGUUACAAUUUCAGUCUCAUAGCUGUCUCUACACUGUGUUCUCUAUGGUUCCUUUGGACUUUUCUAGAAACUGUCAUUUCUCAUCAAGCCUCCAGGUCUCCCCAGUUUUAUUAUUAAUCAUACAAUUCCAACUUCAAACUCAGAAUUUUGAUUUUUUUUCUCAGAAUUCCGACUUUAAUCACAGAAUUCCGACUUUUUUCUCAGAAUUUUUACUUUAAUCUCAGAAUUCCGACUUUAAAAUCAGAAUUCUGAAUUUAAACUCAGAAGUAUGGGUAAGGAUCCAAGUUUGGUGAGUGACGGAGUGCCUUCGAAUCACGCUGGAGCUACGUGCUCCCAAAAAAUGUUGGAUUUAUGUGAGUUUUUGCGUGGUCGAGGAGUCCCAGACGAAGCUAUUUCAGUAAUGGAAGAGGAAAAGACAGAUGUUAACACAGAUACGUUACUUUGGUGUCUGGCAUUUGUAAAUAUGCAGAAAAUGCUAUGGAUAUGAAGAAAAGUAAAUGCAGACACAGGUUAGCUAGCAUCACGUUUGGUAGCUAACAGUGCAAACUGACAUUGUGCAUCUAACAGUGUUAGAUGUUAGUGGUUCAAGUACAGUGUUUCAGCAAUCUUGACUAGAUAGCCAGCUACCGAUAAUUGGGUGCCCAGAGGCCCAGUGGUUAUUUUCUUGAGCUGACGCUGUCCACGGUGUUCCACCUCUUGGGACUGCAACGUAAUGUUACUGGUGUUACUGCAGGGAGUAUGGACAUAGUCAGUUUUACCUGUCGACAGGGGAGUAGAACAACAGGAUGAGAUUGGUAAUGUAAUAGCGUAUUAACAAUUUUAAUGGCUGGGCGGCACGUACAUUUUAUUUAUGUAUCAUUUCAGAUUCCAGUUGCUGUGCAAAGUAUUUCUUAGAAUUACAAACACCAUGCUGUAGGAUACUGCCCUGAAAAGCGGCGCAGGUUGACAUUACAGUCUGCUCUGUUCAAGCAGGGUGUAAACCUUGAGACUUUUCCAUCAAAAUAUAUUCACCCACAAGGGUAAAUUUGAAUAUUGCAACAAAGAAAUAGUGGGAAUAAGCAAAAGGAAAUGCAUACAAACACAAUUAGAAUUUAAAUU